AUGAACAAAUACAAAAAUAUGAAUAUACCUCAACAACAGCACUGGGCACAGCAACAACAUCAGACUCAGCAAGUACGAGGGGCUCCAGCCUUUCAGAAUCAGUCUAACACAAUUCAGAACAAGUAUCAAAUGCUUCCUUCUGGUAAUAAUAGCCAAACACCAGCAAAUUCCCAGAUGAACCUUAUGUCAGGCCAGCAUCGUUAUAUGAUACCUCCUCCUUUCGGUAACAUGCAGUUUGCUACACAGCAGCGGCAAAGCCCGCAGCAGGUGCAGCAGCAGCAGCAAACAAACUUUCAUAUGCAGCCCCAGCUAGACCAACCCCAGCUGCAGCCGCAACCCCAACAAGGUGGGCCUUCCUUAUCUCAAUCACAACAGUUCACGUACCCGAACCUUUCACGGAGGUUCCCAAUGUCGCAUAUGCUAUCUUCAUAUCAGGUAAGGAAGUACUUGUCUAAUAUGGCAAUACUACGGGCUCAUGAGGUCGUUAACCAGAUUAACCUAUCUAUGGGUAGGAUUGAUGACUACGAGUAUUGGGACAAAUUCGCCAAUGAUAUUUUUACUCCCAAUGGAAUUCUUCGUUAUGCGAGGAAGAACGGUGAUGACACACGAUUAUUUGAAUUUGUAAUGCCCAUAAUACCGUCUCUACUGAAAUUUCUGGGUUCGACAGGUGUCGUAAGAAUUGAAGUGGUGCCUCAGCAGUUAAGAGUUCAGGUGUUGAGCAACGGAACCAUAUUUUUUGAGUAUCCUCGGUGUACAGUAACGUAUUUCUAUCCAGAUGGCAGCUACAUGACUAAUUUCAGCCAAAUCAAGGGCAUCUUCGAUGCCACUCUAAAGAUUGAGUGGUGUGAUAUUUGCACUUAUAGUUUCGUUCCUGGAAUUGAGUGGAAUUCAUUAGAACGUGUUAUUAGCGAUCAUAAAGUUAGUUAUGAAAUUUUCCAAGCCUUAUCAGACCCAAACGCAACACCAAAUCUCGGAGUUGAUGAAAACAAAGAUUAUUCUGUAAAUAAGGCCGACGUUCAACAAGUUCCGCCGAACUUCAACGCUAUCACCCAGCUAAGAUCGCAGUUCAAGGUUUUCCACAAUAUCUCCAGCUUUGGCAUCCAUGAAUCCCUAAUGAGAGUCCUGCAAGUGAACGAUGUUAUGUCUUACUUGAAAAAUUUAAAAGUUUACCAAAAACUUAACAACAUUCAAAGUCCUCUGGAGAGCUUGAGUUCUUUUAUUGCGGCUUCUGAAGAUGGGCGUAGCUCAGUUCCUGAGUCAAACAAAUCUCCUAUAAGCAACCCUAAUACUAAUGGUGUAAUGAAUAAUAUGGCACAGGCUAUGGUAAACCCCCAGCCCCAAACUCCAUCCUCGGUAUCAUUCAUAUCUACGAUGGCUUAUAAUCCUGUUACGAACAAACAACAGGAGCGAAAAUCUGCUACGAAGAGAGCUUCUGGAGAUGCAUUAUCACCUCUCACCAUCGAUGAUUCUGCUCAGUCCCCAUCUGACGCCGUAGAUGGAGAUAACGCUAGUCAUCCCUAUAAGAGGAUGAAGUUUUGA